CAACUGGAGAAGACACGUUACCGCCGUCUGCAUCAGGAGGCUUGGAAGAAAAAUUAACAAACGCAGGGAAGUCAAAACAACUUAAAACAGACACUUGCAAAGCUAUGGACUCUGAAGAAAUGAAUGAAGGAAGUGAUUUUCAUACGCAAAACCAAAGAGAUCUGAACAGUGUUAGCCAGUCUUUGGCGUCCAUGUCAGUUGAAGAGACAAGGUCACUCAUUGAAGAAAACAGAAAACUAAAGGAUCUACGGCUAUGUAAAAUCUGUCUUGAGAACGAGGCAUCUAUCGCCAUGUUACCUUGUGGUCACCUCUGCUGUUGUCCAGACUGUGCUCCGGCCAUGAGGAAAUGUCCGAUAUGUCGACAGUUUGUAAAAGGGACAGUUAAAACAUGGCUGGUUUAAUAAUUUUCCGGGAUAUUUUUUU